AUGGCCGGCGAUACUGCGGCAGACAGCGAGAGGCUGCCGGAAAUCACGGACCAGGUGGCAGAGCGGCUCUUCCGCAGCCUCGAGCUUAUGGAGGCAGACUAUCAGCGGACACUGGCUGCAGAGCCGACAGCACCACAGUCGCUUCAUCCAUCGGGCAUCCUUCGUGAGCAGUCUGAUUCGGACCAAGCCGGUGCAAGCGAUGGUGAGGAGCACGGCUACGCUGCUCUUGGCUCCGAAGUAGGCAGCGAUGAAGAGGUUGGUACAGACAAGGGGCUUUGUCCUGCGACGGCUGAAGAUGACUGGGGCUGCUGGCAGAGUGGGGCUGCUGAGGCUUCCAGGUCUGCGCAGCCCGUGCAAGCUUGGCAAGACAGAGAAGGUGAGAAGGAAGUCCUGCAGAGCUUUGCGAACUUCGGAUCCUCAAACCCUGCUCUUCCGCUUCCACCCGCUGAGCUGCGGCCGACCCAGGCAAACUUCCUAACGGAGGAGGAGGUCAAGCUCAUCAAAGAGACCAUGCAGCAGAUCUGCCCGCCUGCACCACCAUGGGCUUCAAAGUUGUCAGACGAGGCGUUCCAACGCAUGAUCAAGGAGUCCCUCUUCUCCUAA